AUCUCAAAGUUUUUCCUUCCAAUUCUACCCUGCAGGGUGUAAGGCACAGAGAAGGCAGAUGACGGUGGAUUGAAUUUAAAUUCAUUUCCCCAAUGGCUCCUCAAAGGCCAGCAUGUUUGUAUUCUAAGACGUUAUUCUGUUGCUUCAGCAUCCCAAAGCUUUUAAGGAAAUCAAGCCAUUUUAACAGAAGUGGGUGGGAGUUGGGGGAGAAACCCGGAGAUGAGAUGCAGGAAUUGGUACAACAUUUCUUCUCUCCAUAUUUGUCCGGAGGGAUGACAGGUGGCCGCUCAAGGUCCAGAUGCCGCUCCCCGGGGUGGAGGAAAGAGCCCUGCCCCGAGCGACCAGGCGGAAGCACCUUUGUCAUUGGUGCAGCAGCCACUUUCACCUGCGUGGAGCCCCGGGGGCCACAAGUGCAGAGCCUGUAGCGCCCAGUCUUGGAGGCGGCGGUCUUCAGCGUGAGUGGUCCCCGCCCUCGGCCAGGCAAGAUGCCUCUGGGGCUGCGGGUAAAGAAGAAAGGCAAGUCCAAGGAGACCUACCGGCUGGUGGAGGGUGAGCAGGCGGGCGCGUAUGGCGGCAGCCCCCCAGCGCCCCCAGUCCCCCGACCCAGUCUCGUUUUCCACACGCAGCUAGCGCACGGCAGCGCCACAGGCCGAGUGGAGAAUUUCUCCAGCAUUCAGGAGCUCUACACCAAGAUCGCAGGCGUGUUUGAGAUCUCGCCUUCCGAGAUCUUAUAUUGUACUUUAAACACACCAAAAGUUGACAUGGAAAAACUCUUAGGAUCACAAAUAGGUCUUGAAGAUUUUAUAUUUGCCCAUGUAAAAGGGAUCUCAAAAGAAGUGAGUGUGUAUAAAUCUGAGGAUGCACUUGGUCUCACCAUUACAGAUAAUGGUGUUGGCUAUUCAUUUAUUAAGAGAAUUAAAGAUGGUAGCAUAAUUGACUCAGCUAAAACUAUCUGUGUGGGAGAUCACAUUGAAUGUAUCAAUGGAGAAAAUAUUGCUGGCUGGCGUCAUUUUGAGGUUGCUAAGAAGUUAAAGGAAUUAAAAAAGGAGGAAUUCUUUACCUUGAAGUUAAUAGAACCUAAGAAGGGAUUUGAAAUAGAGCCAAGGUCAAAAACUGGAAACUCUUCAGCAGGAAGACUUGGUACCGGAAGGGAGACACUUCGCCUGAGACCAAAAGGUCCUGCCACCGUGGAGGAAAUGCCCUCUGAAACCAAAGCCAAGGCUAUUGAAAAGGUUGAUGAUCUUCUUGAAACGUACAUGGGAAUUCGAGAUCCUGAUUUAGCUUCCACAAUAUUUGAAGCUGGAAAGGACAAAAGCAACCCAGAUGAAUUUGCUGUGGCAAUUGACAAAACUCUUGGAGACUUUGCAUUCCCGGAUGAAUUUGUCUUCGAUGCUUGGGGAGCCAUUGGCGAUGCCAGACGAGGAUGAUCGUGAUGUGGAUGGUCCACCACUGGGGAAAUGAACUGUUGUUCCUUUUUUUAAAGAAACCCUGUAAGACCUGCUUUUAGUCACUGUUAUGGACUCUGGUUUGGUUUUAUGUGUAUGGAAUACAUUCUUUGAAAUGAUAAUUUUGAUUUCUGGGUACUUUUUAAUGCAGUUGAAUGUGCAGUAUGCUUAAGAUAAAUUACCUAAAACUUGAUCAAUUUUAAUAUUCAGUCAAGUUUAUUUUUAAAGUAAGUUUUCGGGAGUAUUUCUAGGUAGAGGAUAUUGAUCCCCAUUAGUACUAAUGUUUUGUUUUCCACAUGUAAAGUUGAUUGCAGUAGCUUUGUAGUUCUUUUGCAAAAUCUUAAUACAGAUGAAAUUAGGACCGGAGUAUAAUUUGCUUCAUAGCAUUUUCAUUUUGUUAUGCUGGCUGGAACAGAAUAUGUUCAGGAAAUAAAAUGUGGAUUAUACCUAC